CCAAUCAGUGAACAGAACAGGAAGAAGCAUGUGGUUUUUAAAAAUGGUGUCGAACUCAAUGUUUGACGCGAUGAAACAGAGUAGAGUAUUUAAAAAUAUCCUGACUAAUUAUAAAUUAUCGUGUUCAAUGUAUGAUAACUAAGAUAAAAAAAAAGUUCCUUUCUCGUGAUUUUUUAUGAUAUAUACAAAUGUGUGAGUUCAUAAUGUUGAAGGGAGAAGAAUUUUUUCACAGUUGACAUGAUGAGAGAAAACGAAAAGAAGAAAUGUUUUCUAAGGUUUCUUCAUAAAUAAUUGAAACAAUUCUAGGAAUCCCUGCAUGGUAAUCAAUACGUACACGGAAAAGGCUUCCUUACUAUUAAUAUAAUAAUAAUCUCCCUCUCAAUUCGCCAAUAAUGGAGAUGAAUCCAAAAAUUCCCCUUCCAUUAGAGCCCAUCAAGACUAAUCAAAUAGAGGACAGAAGACUGUGGGUUGGAAAUUUGGAUUUAAGAAUUAAUGAGUACCAACUCCUAAAACUCCUUCAAAAACAUGGAACAAUUGAAAAGUUUGACCUACUAUUUCAUCGAUCGGGUCCUCAAGCUGGACAACCACGAGGUUACGCCUUCGUCACGUAUAAAUUGGUGAAAGAUGCUGAAUGUGCAAUGGAAAAAUUGCACAAUCUUCGAAUUGGCUCGAAAAAUAUUGUCGUACGAUGGGCACAUAGCGUCAGCGAGAGCGACAUGGAGAAACCUAAACCAAAGAUUGAUAUUCCAGCUUUGGCUGGAGCGAAAAAGGAAGACAAUAAAAUAAGUCGUGAAACUGCCAUUCAGGCGAUUGAGGCAAAAUUGAAAAUGAUGCGAGAAUCUCCAGAGGAAUUUGAACUCAAUAAACCGCUCGUGGGAACGCCAAUGAUUCAACAAUAUGUGAAAUCCGAUAACCAAAAACCGUCCACAUCGACGCGAUAUCGUCACAAUCAUGGGAGCAAUUACCAAAAUAGAAAACCUUAUAAUCGAGCAAAACCGAAAAGAUAAUUCUCACUUUUUCAAUAUUUAUUUGUGACAUUAGCCACAAAAAAUAAUAUAUAUAGUAAAUUAAUUGCGACUACAUUGACCAAUCAUAAUCUCAUUUUGAUUCUCUACUUAAAUAUUAUUAUUAUUAUUAUUUAUUAAAAGCCCUCGAUUAAAAUUUUAUAAUUACAAUUAAAAAUAAACUAUUGUAAUUAUAUUUCCCUUAUUAGUAUUCUAAAUAAAAUAAAUAAAUUUACUUAUUUAUUUUAUUAAAAAAUAAAUAAUAUUUUCUUUCUAGAAAUUUGAUUCUAGAUGUACAUAAAAAUGUCCCUUAUGAUAAAUAUAUAUAUAUUUUAAAAAAUGAAAGAUACUCGAAAUAAAAAAAUAAGUCAGAGAUUCUACGUCCGCCACUAAUUUAUAUAUUUAUAUGUAAAAAAAAAGAAAAUGAAUGUAAUGCUUUAGAUUUUUGCAAAAUAAGCAGAAAAAUGAUUCCUACAUACUUAGGUGCAAAUGCUAUUGUCAGCAUCGAUAAAAAUGCGAGUAUUCCUCAGUUUUUUGUGUAUACAAUUUAAUGACUUAUAACGUGUGAUAAUUUUUUUUUCCCUGUAUUUUUGUUAUAUAAAAAUACAAUAAUUGUACUCAAUAUUUUUUUUAAAAUAAAUGCAAAUGCUCCUGUA